CAGACCCGAGGGGAGAAGGAAGGUAUGAGGGCUACACCAUCUCUUGCCAACCCUGUUGAGUAUUAUGGAGCACCAUCGGUGAAUGCACUGUCAGAGGCAUCGUCGCUUGUGGGCUCGCGGCCGACGCGCAAGGUCCCACCGCCGGGCAACGCGUCGAUCAUCUCGUCUUGGUUCAACCUGACAAACACGAUUGUGGGCGCAGGCGUGAUCACGCUGCCGUACGCGCUGCGGUCGGCAGGCACGGUUGCAGGAGGGGCAUUCCUGCUCCUCACAUGCUGCCUCUCGAUGUUCUCGUUUCGGCUGUUGGUCCGGCUCUCGGACGCAACAGGCCUCUUUUCGUACCGCGACAUUGCCGUCGAGGCGUACGGCCCGAUGAUGUCCAAGGUGUGCCAGCUGGUGCUCAUGCUGUACACGUCGGGAACGUGCAUUGGCUACGGCGUCCUUGUCGGCGACUUUAUCCCCAAGGUCUUUGAGCACUGGCUUGCCCAUGACAAUCUCCUGUGUCGGCGCGACUUUGUCAUUGCCCUCGUCGCCAUUUGCUUCAUGCUCCCUCUCUCGCUGCUUGAGAAGAUGGAUGCUCUCAAGUUCUCGUCGUUUCUGGCGCUGAUGUGCGUGACGUAUACGCUCGGUGUUCUUGUCGACCACUACCACACGGCCGGUACAUCAAGCUCGGUGGAGCUUGUCCACCUCAAGCCGUCGCUCAUGGUCGCCUUUCCACUGCUUGUUGUCUCGUUCACCGCCCACUACAAUGCGCUCUCGUUCUACCAGGAGCUCAAGAACCGAUCGACGAGCCGCAUGCAUAGGGUUAUUACGUACGCUUGCAUGACAUGCCUUGCUUUUACGCAGCCUACGCCUCAGUUGGCUACUACCAGUUUGGCCGCGACACCAAGUCGGACAUUCUCAACAACUUUCCGGCGUCGUGGCUUCCUGUUCUCGUUGCCCGUCUCGCCCUCGGCUUUGUCCUUAUCUUUUCCUACCCGCUUGUCCACUUUGCCCUCCGCAAGAACCUCGACUCGUUCCUCUUCCUCCCGGCCUCAUCGCCCGCCGUCGACGCGCCGCGCAAGCGCCUAAUGGCGCUCACGCUUUGCAUCGUCCUCAUCACCAACAGUCUUGCCAUCGCUAUGCCCAACAUCGGCGUCGUCCUCGGGUUUAACGGCUCCAUCUUUGGCGUCACCAUUGUCUACAUCCUGCCGGCCCUCUUCUACAUCCGUCUCUACAAGUUUGUUGCCGACAAGUCGCCGUUCUACUACUACGGCUCGUGCUUCCUCGUUGUCUUUGGACUUGUUGCCGGCCUCGUCUCGGUCGUCGUCAACAUCCUUGUCCUCGUACCCGCCACCAAGGGCGACUUUGAGUAAAGAGCACCAAAGAGUAGA